AAGAGAAAUUUUCUAGGGGGUCUGUCUUUUGCCCUCUUGCGGUGAAAAUCGUAAACUCGAGCUCUGUUGUCAGUGCAGAACAAGGUGAUCGUUGAUCAACAAAGUGAAAAGAGAGACAUCCAACAGACUGACUGAUGGAGUGGAGAGUCCAAGGAUCCGGAUUAUAGAAAGUGAUUGGUUCCGAAUGCAUGAAGAGCCAUGGAUGUGAACGGUGUCAAUGUUCGGAAGCUUACUCAUUCCUUGAAGCAUUACCAACAACGACACAACUGGGAUUGCGGUUUGUCUUGCGUCUUGAUGGCUCUCCAAGAGCCUCAAAGAGCGGAGAUUUUGCAAGACAUGACCCAUAUCAUACACGAGGAGGGAUUUGAACAAUCCACAUGGACAAUAGAUCUCUGUUACUUGCUCAAGAGGUUUGGACUGGACUUCCAUUACACAACCAUCACUUUAGGAGUGGAUCCUGGAUAUUCGAGUCAGAGGUUUUACACAAAGCUUUUGCAUAAAGACGAAUCCCGAGUACAGAAACGGUUUAAUAACGCCGAAGUGAAUCGAAUUUCUGUCGAAGAACGAAGCUGUGACAUGACGGAAAUCAUCCGACAUCUGGCGCACAAAGGACCCUGUAUUGUGCUAACUAAUGCGAAUCUAUUGCGAUGCGAGGUGCGACAUCGACAAGUGACCCAUUGUCGUGGCCAUUUGAGCGAAUGCUUCACGCGAACCCUCCGAAAGACAUACCAAGGUCAUUAUGUAAUCCUGGUUGGGUUUGACUUGGAUCGUCAAAAGAUCAUUUACCGAAAUCCCACUUUCCGGGAUCGAGAAUGCGAAAUGAGUCUGGAUUG